CUUCACUCCGAACGUGUGAGGCGGGCCGUCGGUGGGCGAGCUUACGAGGUGGUGUGGUGUGGUGUGGUGUGUGGUGUGGUGUGGUGUGGCGAGGCGAGGAGAGGAUCGAGGGCGAGACUGCGAGAUAGGCAGCGUGGCGCGCCUUCGUCGAAAAGCGAUUGUAAUCGCGUAGAAUGGGGAGAUUACAGAGAAAUGGUGCUGUCCUAGUGAUAAUAGGCCUCCUGAUAGAGACAAAUGGCUUCUAUGUACCCGGAGUUGCCCCAGUGGAGUUCAAGAAGGGUCAGAAGAUUGACGUUAAGGCGGUUAAAAUGACGAGUACUCAUACGCAGCUACCGUAUGAAUAUUAUUCCCUUCCCUUUUGCUUACCCAAGAAUGGAACCUUUAUUUAUAAAUCUGAAAAUUUGGGAGAGGUGUUACGUGGUGACAGAAUAGUAAAUACUCCAUAUGAAGUUGUAAUGGGGGAGGAUAUCAGUUGCAGGCUGCUAUGUCACAAACCGUCCAAGUUGAUGACUUGGGACGAAGCGAAUUCCCAACAUGUUAUCCAGAUGGUUCAGCAUGAAUAUUUCGUGCAUCUAUUGAUAGAUAAUCUUCCAGCAGCCACUAGGAAGAAACAUAAAGAAACGAAUAACGUGAUAGUUUAUCAAGGAUAUCGCUUGGGUGGAAUAAUGAAUGAUCAAGUGUACAUCAAUAAUUAUCUUAAGCUAAAGUUAAGCUACCAUAAACAUGGCGAAAAUGAAUUUAGAGUAGUUGGAUUUGAAGUGGAAGCUCGAUCCAUUGACACAUCUCAAUUAAAAUUUGACGGGAAUACUUGUAUUUUACCGACUGAUGCGAGUCCGCAAUUUGUUUAUCCAAAAGGCACGAGUCUUCUCUUCUUAUAUUCAGUGGAAUGGAAAAAAUCGGACGUCAGCUGGGCAAGCAGAUGGGACGUAUAUUUGGGCAUGAGUGACGUUGAGAUUCAUUGGUUUUCAAUCGUCAAUUCUCUCAUUGUUAUCUUCUUUUUGUCCGCAAUUCUUACGAUGAUCAUGGUGAGAACACUCAGGAAAGAUAUAGCUCGUUAUAACGCGGACGAGAGUGACAGUUUGGCAGGGUUGGAUGAAGCUAUUGAGGAGACGGGUUGGAAACUGGUUCACGGAGAUGUAUUUCGACCGCCGACUUAUCCACGCUUAUUUGCUGCCGUAAUUGGCAGUGGCAUUCAGAUUUUUUUCAUGGCUCUGAUCACAAUAUUCUUUGCGAUGUUGGGAAUGUUGUCGCCAGCGAGUCGAGGAGCCUUGGGCACCUGCGCAAUAUUUUUAUAUGUGUUUUCUGGUUUAAUUGCCGGCUAUUUCUCAGCGCGAGUGUACAAAACUAUGCGAGGUCGAGAGUGGAGAAAAGCUGCUUUACUGACGGCGACGUUUUAUCCGGGUAUUGUCUUCACAACGUGUUUCUUCCUAAAUUUCUUUAUAUGGGGAAAGCAUAGUUCCGGUGCGGUCCCUUUUACCACAAUGGUGGCCUUGCUAUGUCUCUGGUUUGGCAUCUCGCUGCCUCUCGUUUAUCUCGGUUAUUUCUUUGGUUUCCGUAAACAGCCUUUUACGCAUCCAGUUAGAACAAAUCAAAUCCCGAGACAAGUUCCUGAUCAAAUUUGGUAUAUGAAUUUAGUACUGAGGAUAAUGUUACACCGCUUACAGCAUGCUAAUGGCUGGAAUUCUACCAUUUGGCGCGGUAUUUAUAGAACUUUUCUUCAUUUUGACUGCACUCUGGGAAAAUCAAUUUUAUUAUCUUUUCGGAUUUCUAUUUCUGGUUUUCUGUAUCCUCGUAAUUUCAUGUUCGCAAAUAUCGAUAGUCAUGGUCUACUUCCAAUUAUGUGGCGAAGAUUACAGAUGGUGGUGGCGUAGUUUCAUCGUGAGCGGUGGUUCGGCUGUCUAUGUGUUGGCGUAUUCCAUCUUUUACUUCGUCACCAAAUUGAAAAUUACCGAGUUAGUACCGACUCUCAUGUAUUUCGGCUAUACUGCAUUAAUGGUCCUUACAUUCUGGUUAUUGACUGGCACAAUCGGUUUCUUCGCUGCAUACGCUUUCAUCAGGAAGAUAUACGCGGCCGUUAAAAUAGACUAGUCAAAAUUAUUAUUAGUAGAGUAAAUACGAACGAAUAAAUUUAGAUUUUUAAUUUAACCGAGAGAGAGAGAGAGAGAGAGAGAGAGAGAGAAUGAGCGAAUAAAGAAAGAGUGAGAGAGAGACAAAGAACUCUCUAGUUUUCGUAUCGUAUAGAAAUAAUAAGUAAAACUAAACGGAUGCAUCUCAUCUUCCACGGGAUUUUGGAACUGCGAACAUUUGCACAUGAUUUUACGAUUGACGUGUACGAAUAUUUUAUAUAUUAACGUAAGAUUUCUAACGUGUUUAUCUUUGCAUCCGUCAUAACAAGUACAAUGUAAGCUCCAUGUUCGCUGCAAAAUUUGCAAAAUUAUUAUGAAUAUGAAAAGUAAAGCAAUAGAAAAGAGAAAUAUAUUAAAAUCUUUUUUUCUUGAAAAGCAUUUUGAAAUAACAUGAAAAAAAAGAAGUAAAUUUCCAAAAAGGUAUUUCUUCCUUUUCUUUAUUUUAUUUUAGAAUGGAAUUUGCGAUAGAGGUUUAUCUAAUAUCUUUAUCCAAAGAAACACAUCGCGGAAAUCACUCUUAUUUCUGCUAAGUUUUUAAAAAAAAAGUAAUUUUAUAUUUAUAUUUUUGAGUAUGUACGAAAUAUGGGAAAGAGAGGCGCGAAUGUGGAGCUCCAAUGUAUAAUAAAUUUAUUUUAUUUUGUAUGAUCUUUAGUUACAAGAUUUUUUCCUCCGUGUGUACUUACGAUAUAAACACGAAAAGAUAAUUUAAUCCACGAACAGUCGGGCGUUGGCUAUAUCAAUAAUGUUUCUUGUCGAGAAGCGACAAGAAACUCUGUAAAAAAUAUUCAAGUGAUGUGAUAUUAGUAACAGUCAAUGUGCGAAAGUAUUAUAUAGCCGAUAAAAUGAGCCAGUGUCUAAAGUGUUAACGUUUCCUUUAAUGUAAGAAUACAAUACGCAGUUUCGCAACUGUCUUGGCUGAUCAUUAUUAUAAUAACAAUAAGCGCAGUACACAGUGUAUAUGAGUAAUAAUAUAAAGUUUAUGUAUUUACUUUACUCGUACGAGUGCAUAUUUUUAUUUUUUUAGCUUUUCAAGCAUCGUUAUUGCAAACUUCCAGUUUCGUUGAGAUUCAAUUUGUAUAAUAUUAACUUUAUUUGUGACUUUUAUGUAAAAUUACAUACUUCUUACAUAUAAAAUCUUUUAGUGAGCGUGUUUCGGGUUUCAUGUAAUAGGGUUCUAUAUACAUCGAGAAUAACAUCGGUACAAUUACAUUAUCACAAAGUAUUUUAUAUUAUGACUAUUGUAAAUAAUGAAUAGCGUGUACGAAGUGUAUACAGAUAUGUCCUAAUUUCGAGAAUUAUAGUCUCCAUAAAUCGCAUUGUAUAUAUAGAAUUAUUGCACACUCGUUCGUGUUUGAAUAUGUCACAAAAGUAACUCUUUUCGUCAGGGCAUCUUCAAGCGCGAGUACGUGUGUCGCCUUGGCCUGAGUUUUACAAGUAGAUAUAUCACUAUGCAUGGGAGACUAAUUUUAUAAAUGAUAAUUACAGUAGAUUCCACGGGCAUGUAGCACUUGGAAACGGAAUAAUUGGUGGGGGUAAAAGUACCCUGAAAAAGACAUAAUUUGCAGAUAUAUUGUGUCUCAACAAGGAUAAUUAAUUCUAUCGAAAAGGCCGAUUUUAAUGAUAAAAUUCUAUUUAGGCGUGUUAAAUUAAUUGUUCCUUUGAAGAUCUCAAUGUACAAUAUCGUCAAUCAUUAAACAGUUGAUAAUUUAAUGUCUCGAA